AUGAAUCAAUACCUACGAGAGUCAAUGCGCAUUCCGAGCCACCAUAUCCGAACCCUUCGGAACGAGGAAGCCACCCGCCACGAAAUUUUAGCAUCUCUGAGCGGGUUAGCUACGAGCGCGGAUAUUAAGCACGAUGACCCAAUCCUCAUCUUCUUCGCCGGACAUGGGACGGAGGCAGCACCGCCCGACGGUUGGCCUGCUGGUGGAGGGCUGAAACCUCGCAUCCAGAUGUUGUGCCCUUACGAUUUCGUACCGCGGACAACUGACAAUGAGAACUCUCAAGGCAUCCCCGACUUCACCCUAGCCAUCCUAUUAGACAAAAUUGCACGGUCCAAAGGGAAUACCAUCACCGUUGUUCUUGAUUGUUGCUACGCUGGUUCCGGUACAAGGCAAGACUGCGAAAGUCCAACGACUUUGGUGCGCGGCAUAGAUCUCCCCAAUGACUAUCGCGUCUUGUCCUCCAUCGACAGCGCCAUACUCUCCGAAAGUGGCCCUCGUGCGGAACGAAUGCUCGCCGGUUUCCAGAAUUCGGCACUGCAGUCCCACGUUCUGCUUGCAGCUUGCAAGGCUGAGCAGCGCAGUAGGGAGACGAAGAGAGGCGGAUUCUUCACCACUGCGCUCUUGGGUUUUCUUCUUGCUCGUGCCAUCGAAAGCGUUACGUAUGAAGAUCUUAUCACCGGCCUUCCUGAUAUUGUCGGCCAGAAUCCUCAAUGCGAAGGUGCCUACAAGUACAGGACUCUGUUCAACUCCAAGGCGAUAGCCUCCAAUCGUGUUCUUCAAAGGGUCACGCAAUCGGAGAGCGGCUCCUAUCAGUUAGACGCCGGAAAGACCUUCGGGGUUAUGGCUGGCGACAAAUACCACGUAUACGAGAACCUCGACUCGGAAAGGCCUAUUGGGUCUUUGGUCGUCAGAUCUUCUGCAGAUACAACCGCUGCGCUACAAGUCGACCCAGACUCCAAUCAAAGUCGUAUUCCAUUCCCGCCCUCUGGAAUCGCCUACGCGCAACGCACUCAAAUGGGACCGAGACAAGAUCUUACGGUGAAGAUCACAGACGACGAACGUCUCUCGGCGGUCAGGCGACUCCUGGUGGAGAGACUACAGGAGGCGCAGCAAGGCUUCAAGAUCAUCCUCCUCGACGUGCAUGACCCGUCAGUUCCCCAUAUGACCUUGGUCCCAAAGGGAGAUCACGUCUCCUUCCGACUCGGGCUCAACGAUCAAACAUGUCGUGCCCAGGGCCUCACAGAUAUCUACUGUUGUCGGGACCUCUCGUGCAACGAGCACGAUAGAAUCUUCUCCGUCAUACUCAGCGCCGCUGCUUUUUACUCCCACCUUGGCCGACUGGUGAGCGAGCGCCACGAGCAUGCUGUGCACCUGGAAUGUGUUGAGCUCGCGGUAACUUGGAUCGGCCGUCGUGCUGUCGUCCGGGAGAAGGAUCCGAAGAAGAAUCUCAUCGUGGACGGUGCAUUGAAUGUACUCGCAGGAGAUGGAAAGAUAUACGGCUUCAAAAUAAUCAACAGCACCGAUCGUCCCUUCUAUGCUGCUCUAUUCUACUUUGGAGUGAGCGACCUGGCUAUCACGUCAUAUUAUCAGCCGGGUGUGGCCAAGGAUCACAAUGUUGAAUACUCCGUCCCCGCAAGAGGGGAACUCACGAUUGGGUAUGGAUCUGGCGGCGGACAACCGCGGCAAUAUAUUCUACUAGAAGGUCAGAACCUCGACGUUGGGUUCUUAACGCUCUUCCUUUCUACGGAAUGGGUUGACUACUCGCAUGUCUCGCAACGUUCUCCAUUCGAAGAUGGUCGCGCCACCCGCAGCCUUAGUCAAAGCAAUGGGAUGGCGCUGUGGGAUUCAGUCUGCACACCUAUUAUACAAUGGAAGGUUCUCAUCGAUACAUAUGCCAAUGCGCCGGUCCACAGUGACAAAGCACAAGCUAUUCCUAUGACUUCGCAUUCUGAGCAACGGGAGGCUGGCUCCUAUGCGCGGCUGUUCGCUCUCAUCAUCGGAAUCGAUAUAUACGAACACAGUCGCAUGCCGAAUUUGAGCGGCGCAGUAGCCGAUGCGGAUUCGGUGUUCAAGUUUGUAAACGAGAAAAUGAGUGUCUCACAGGAACGCAUCCAGGUUAUUCGAAAUGAAGCGGCGACUCGUCAGAGCAUUAUCAAGAACCUUUCCCUCCUCGCAGAGGAAAACAUUGCCUGGGAUAUCAGAAAAGGCGACCCCAUUCUUAUCUUCUACGCAGGGCAUGGUGCGGAGGCAAAGUGGCCCGAAAGAUCGUCCGAGGGAAUGAUACAGAUGAUUUGCCCAUACGACUUCAAUCCACAGAAGAACCUUGAUCCGGACAUGCAAGGUAUCCCCGAUCUUACUCUAGCCGCUCUUUUGAAUGAAGUUUCCAAGGAGAAGGGCGACAAUAUUACGGUCAUCUUCGAUUCUUGCUAUGCUGGCUCUGGAACACGAAAUUCGUCCCGCAAAGCACGCGGAGUCAGGCUCGACUCCAACAGUUACACUAUCUUAUCACGCCUUGACGAUAAAACGCUGCCAAAAAUACACCGGCGCUCUGGCCGCCCACUCGAUGGAUUCGAAAAAGCGGGGUUGUGGUCUCACGUUCUACUCGCAGCCUGCAAGAGAGACGAGUACAGCUGGGAGGUGGAGGGCCGAGGGCGAUUCACGAAGGCCCUUCUUGCCAGUCUUGAGACUUAUAUGAAUGGCGAAACUUUGCAAGUCACAUAUGAAGACCUCAUUGAGAAUCUCUACCCUCUUGACGAACAGCACCCGCAAUGCGAGGGUUUCAACAAACAUAGGAUUCUCUUCAGUAAUGAAUCUUCCAGCGCCCAGCGUCACGAUCUCACUGUGUACAACGUCCUCACAAAUGAUGGUUUCUACGCCUUGGACGCUGGCGAGGUCCUAGGGAUCACGGACGGAUCUAUGUUCAACAUAUAUGCCGACAAAUCGCUCACGCAAUUUCUGGGAGAGUUUCGUGCCGACACCGUCUCGGUGGCUACCGCCGAUUUAGUCAAUAUCCACGAGAGGCCAAUCGACGCUCCAAUCGCCUCUUCCUCAUCUGGGCCAGGGCGUGCGUAUGCAGUACAGACAGGAGCGGGGAAGAAUGAUGGGAGGGAGCUGAUUGUGUUGGUCGACAAGGAUCUCCCCGAAAUCAGGAAACGAGUGGAAAAUGAGACGAAGAUGAGCAUGCGGCUUGGACGACUCAGAAUCACCCUCCUUGACACAAAUUCUUCGUCGCCCGGACCAUUUCGACUCGCAUUAGUAUCGAAGGGAGAUAAAGUUACCCUGCAUACAAGCACCGAUGAUUUAAUCUGCAACUCCCAAGGAAUCACCUCCAUCUCUGUCCACGAACCCGUCAGACGCCACGAGAUCGACAAGAUCCUAGACCUCAUAUCAAGAGCCGCGGACAUGGCCUUCCAUCUUACCCGGACUUCGGCGUUGGCGAACCCGCUCGACGACCACGAAAAUAUUCAUCUAGAAUGUUUCGAGUUACAGCUAAUUCAUAAUCCAAGGCAAGGAACGCAGCCUCGCAUAUGCGUGAAAAUUCCGAGGGAAAAUCUCAUCGUAAAUGGCGCUCUCAAUGUCGCGACGGACGACAACAAGAUAUACGGCUUCAGCGUUGUUAAUAACACAGAUACUCCCCUCUAUGUCGCCUUAUUCUAUUUCGGUAUGAGCGACCUCGCUAUCAAGUCAUACUACGAGCCGACCUCCGCCAGAAACUAUAGUGCUGAUUAUUGUGUUCGAGCCAAAGGCAGACUGGAGGUUGGGUACGGUGCGGGGGGCGGAAAUCCACGACGAUACACCUUGGAAGACGGGCAGGACAUAGACGUCGGGUUCUUGAAGCUUUUCCUAUCAACGGAGUGGGUUGACUUCUCGAAGAUCACGCAGGCAAGAGGUACUGCUCGCGUCGAUAAGGGCGUUCCCAUAGACCCUGGAAGCACUCCGGGAAGAUGGCACACUGUCACGGUUCCUGUGAUACAACGGAAGAGGCGUUGGGGAAAGUAG